AUGCUGUUUCCAGGAGCUCUGGGUCAAACCAUUAAGCAUGAGCUGACGUCUACCUGCGCUGUGAGAGGAUCGACAGCCACCCUGCCCUGCUCCUUCACACCGUUAAAAUCUUUCUCCAGAGAUGGACCGGAAGCCCCUCUGAAGAACAUCAGAGUUCGCUGGUGCAAGAACCAUCUGAUGUGUCAAGAUUCAACCUCAUCUGUGUUUGACAGUAACUCAACGAACAACAACCCCCGUUACCAGUACCUGGGAGACCUGAAGGGAAACUGCUCUCUGCAGAUAAGAGAUGUAGAAAUGGGAGAUGACGCAACCUUUUACUUCAGAGUGGAAGCUGAUGAAGUUGAAGGGAGCGUUUUAAACACAACAGGAGUAAAGCUCACCGUUGUAGAGGACAAAAAGAUGAGGGUCCUGGGUUACAGUGAAGAAGGCUUCAGAAGCGGUCGCUUCGCCCUGCUCCGCUGCAUUUUGUCAUGCUCUGCUUCCCAACACAACAGGGUCACCUGGAAGAAAGAUGGCGUCGUCCUCUCACAGACUUGGAGCAACCUGCUGUUCAACCCUCUGACUGUGAAACAUUCUGGCAGCUACACCUGUGCUCUGAGGAACGACACGGAGACGCAGUCUGAGCCGUUCGUCCUGCAGGUGGAGGCUGCAGGUAAAUGA